AUGCACCUCCCGAUAGCAGUAGGGGAAGGGGAGGUUGUGGGGGGGCGAGGGGGAGUGAUGGAGGGGAGUGAGGAGAGUAGUGGGAGUGAGGGUGGUGAGGAGGAGAUUGUAGAUGUUUGUGACUCUGUGAGGGAGUGGGGAGAAGAGGGGCGAUUUGAACAGGGGCAACUCGAAGAGGGGCGGCUGGAAGGUAAAACCGAGGGGAACAUAGGGGGGAAGGGGAAGGAAGUGGGGGGAAGCGAGAGGGAGCAGGGGGAAGAGGGUCACUUCGAAGCUACUGUCGCUGGUAAAGGGGCGAUGGUUCAGGUGGAAGGGGGGUGUCGUCAUGGGGAAGGGCAGCAAGAGCGGCAGGAAGGAGAGGAAGGGAGGAAAUCGGAGGAAAGCGAAAAAGGCAAGGCGGAGGAGGGGGAGAGGGAGGUGGAGGAAGAGGGAGAGGGACAGGCGGAGCAGGAGGGAGAGGAAUGUGAGCAAGGCGUUAAGCUGCUUCGGGAGAACCAGCCGUUUCAGGAGAACGUGCGGUUCCAGGAGCGGUUCCAGGAGACCAAGCCACCGAAGUGCCCCCUCACGCUGCUCGCCUCUCACAACUUUGAUGCAGCCUUCUUCCCCUCGCUCCUAAUCGUCUCAGCCAUCGCAUCCACUCUCCUGGCUGUCGCCUUUGCGGUGGCGCCUCUCUUUGAGUUCACCGAUUUCAGCACACCAGUGGUGCUCGGGGUGGUUACCGCCAUUCACCUCGACUUCGCCCUGCUCCUCCUCACUAUCUCGCCUUUGGCUCUCCUCGCUGUGGCGUUUCCCGUGGCACCUCUGUUUGAGUUCGCCAACUUCAGCACGCCAGUGAUGCUUGGGGUGGUUACCGCCAUUCACCUCGACUUCGCCCUGCUCCUCCUCACCAUCUUGCCAGUGGUGCUUGGGGUGGUUACCGCCAUUCACCUCGACUUCGCCCUGCUCCUCCUCACCAUUGCAGACCCCAUCGCUUCUCCCAUCUCUCUCCAUGACCCUCCGUCUUCUCCUCCGCUACUCCCACUUCUAUCUCGCCCUCAAACUUUGGCCCUGGAAGUUCUCUCCUCCCUCACUCCUAGCCUCCCAAGGAGUGCUCUUAUCAGUAUCUGUGCAGACUCCAUCGCCCCUCCUCCCCUCUCUCUCCAUGACCCUCCGUCUGCUGCGCCGCUACUCCCACGCCUAUCUCGCCCUCAACUUUGGCCUGAUAGGGGUUCUUUCCAGCCUCGCAGCAGCAUGCUUCCUGCUCACUGGAAUCAUCCAAAACGCCAUGCUGCAUAA